ACUAGGUAAAAGGGUUGGCCUAGGACAACCCUUUUACAAGCCUGCUUUUACAUGGGAUCACGGAAUACAACCGUCUUUUGUUUUCUCGUAGAGACUUUUAAGGUGCACUUUCAUCGUCUAAUUUGAAAGAUCCAUUUUUUAGCAGUUGAUUUCCCUAGCUUAUUGUUCACAUUUCUGAAUCAAAAUCUGAUCAAAAUUCAUUAUGGAAUUGAAAAAGAGUAGGAAAAAAACGAUUGUGUGGAAGGAGGAGGAAUCGGCUCCCAAAAGAUCUAGGAAGAAAGCUCCGGAAAGUGUAAUGUCUGAAUCAACAAAAACUAGGGUUAAAAAGACAACUUAUAUUGAUGGAAUUCAGUCAAAACCCGCCUUAAAAAGCAACAAGUCAGGUAACUUGGCUGAAGCUGUUGAAAACCUAAGCGACCAAAGCAUCUCAAAUUAUCUUGAGCCCGUUGCUGGACCUUCAUUGUCUGCUGAAGACCCAUGCCAUAAUGCUCAGACUCAAGACUUGUCUGUAGGAGAAGACUAUGACCUCAUCGACACAUGGAUGCUUUCGCUCCGUUAUAGUGAAGCCAUUGUCCAAACUAAAAAAGAAAUGGGGGAAUUCGUCCGGUCGCUCAUCUCGCUAUGCAAAGAUCUUGAGAACGAUAUUACUAACUACACGAAAAUUAGGCCUGUUACCCUUCUUGACUAUAGCCGGUCGGUCUUGGCCAAGACAGAAAUUGCCCGUAUCUUGGAAGUAAUCGAUAAAGCAGUGCAUGCAUUCACAGACGUUCUCAACCUUAACUUUUCGGAGGAUCUGCAGAUUGAGCCGGACGACUUUCUCGAAAGAGUCGAACAAGAGGAAUAUUUCUUAGAAGCUCUCCAAGAACUGACCGAUGAUGAAAGUGAUGCAUACAGGGAAGUGGAAGACGGUGACGAAUCUGAAAAAGAAUAG